AUGGGCACCCCUAGGAAAGGGGGAGAGAAACUGCAGUCCCCUUGCUGCUGCCUUCUCUCCCUCCUCCUCUACCUCUUCUUCCUCUCUGAGACAUGGGCAAACCUGGAGGGGACCUUCACUGUCCGGCUGCUCCAGACUACUACCUUCCAAAACACCUCAUUUGUGGACACAGAGGGGCUGGGCCUGCUGGAAGACAUCGAACUUGGUUCUCUUGAUAAACACACAUGGUCCAUCCGUUUCUGCCAGCCCUGGGUGCGCCCAGCCCUUCCCCGUGCUGACUGGGACACCAUCGAAAACCUGCUUAAGAUCUAUUUGCAGCAGUUCAACCAUCUAAUCAAUGAAGGGGCCACGCAAAAGGACAUCCCCUACCCCUUUGUUGUUCAGUGCACAGCAGGCUGCACGCUGUACCCCAACAGAACCUCCCUGGCCUUUGGCUAUGUGGGUUACAAUGGUCAGGAUUUCCUCAGCUUCAACACAAAGAAUUUCACCUGGACCCUCUACCAGGACACUGAGUUGUCACGGUAUGUCCAGUCCUUUCUCCAGAACUACACCGCCUUGAGUGAGCUGAUGGAAACUCUUUUCAAUUAUACUUGUGUCGAUGACAUGGAGAUGUUGCUGCACUAUGGGAGGGCAGCUGUGGAGAGACAAGAGCUGCCUGUGGCCACGGUCUUCGCCCGCACCCCCAGCCUAGACCAGCUGCUGCUUGUUUGCCAUGUCACUGGCUUCUACCCCCGUCCCAUCAGCGUGGCCUGGCUGCGGGAUGGCCAGGAGGUGCCUCCGGGCCCGGCGCUCAACACCAGCACCAUCCUGCCCAACGCUGACCUCACCUACCAGCUCCGCAGCGUCCUGGCCGUGGCCCCCCGUGAUGGGCACAGCUAUGUCUGCCGUGUGCGCCACCACAGCCUGGGCACCCGCAGCCUUCUCAUCCCAUGGGGGAACUCAGAAGUGGUGCUGAUCACAGGGCUCAUGGCCGGGCUGCUUGCAGCCAUGGCUGUAGCUGCCAUGUCGGUGCUUUGGGUGUGGAGACAAAGAAAGCACCAGCAGAUGGAGGAAUCAGAGUCCAGGAACUCCAUCCUGAGGAAAGAAGCUUAG